AAUAUCGAAAGAAAUCUACACGAAAUACUAUACGUUUGAAUCGAAUUUAAAGAAUUAAUCAAGAACUUUACCUUCGCGCCAACUUUUUAUCCGAUAUAUUCUUUUGAACUGUAUCGACGUGACUUGUUUCCACGGUGCGACUAGUUCGAAGCGAACGGAGACCAUAAACGAUAAACGAAUAAACCGAAACGAUAAGAUAACAUUUUCCCGGGAACAAUAUAUAGUUUGAAUUUGAACGAAGAGUAUUAUGCAGACUUCCGAAAGAGCUCGUUGUCGAACGAGCAAAGUUUCAAUCUUAUAUAUACACAUAUAUGUACAUUCGAAAAAUUGGAUUCGUCUUUUAACUUUGCUUCACACGCAUUAUGUACCGAAUCUUAAUCACGAUCACGAUGAAAUUCUCGAGAACUUGACACGAUACUGCGGAAAAUCAGUUUACAAUUAUACCGAAGGCGAUUAUCCCCUUAAAUGGGAUUUUUAUAAUAGUUUUUAUUUCGCUUAUACCGUCGUCAGCACAAUAGGUUACGGGAAUUUGGCUCCAACGAACAGGCUCAGUCGCAUCCUGAUGAUAUUUUAUGGUCUGAUAGGCAUACCUAUGAAUGGAAUUUUGUUGACACAAUUGGGAGAAUUUUUUGGCCGUGUAUUCGUUAAAGCUCAUCAAAAGUAUAAAUCUUAUAAGCAUGGCCGUGACAAUUAUUAUCCUAGAAAAUUAACAACGUUCGAAACGGGAAAAGCUGGAUUGGCUGCACAAAUAUUUGCUCACUUGUUGCCAGGUUUCGUUAUGUUCAUCUUUUUCCCAGCAUUUCUUUUCUCUCAUUACGAGGGUUGGAGUUACGAAGAAGCUGUUUAUUACGCUUUCGUCACGUUGACCACCAUUGGUUUUGGAGAUUACGUGGCAGGUGAGAAAACAUUUUUUUUACUUAUAUAAUCCAUCAGAAGGAGAGAGAGAGAGAG